GCUUCCUUUAGCUUCGGAUUGUCACUGGCCGCCCUAUCUUCAUCCGACAUUCAGCAGGAAAAUAAAAUGUUUUCCACUUCAAUUAUGUGUGAAAUGCAACGCACAACAAAUUAAGAUGAAGAAAUGGUGCCUUAUUGUCCUCUUGGCCGAUGUCGCUCCUGCCUGCAGGCUAAUUCCUUAGCCAAUGUACACUAUGGCAGCAGUAGAUGCAAGCUCAGACGUAGAGAAUCUGUUGGUUUCCAUCCAUCUAGAGAAGUACCUGGACAGCUUCCGACAAGCUGGCUUUCUCUUCGCUCCGGACUUCUGUCACCUAGACAACGAGGCUCUGAGUGCUCUGGGCGUCACCGCCACCGGUCACCGCAAGCGGAUCCUUAAGCUGGUCGGCCACAUCCAGCAGGCCUGCAAGGCUCAGCGCCGGGCACCCCCGCUGGACCGCUGUCAGUCGGAGACCACGAUUCACGCCUCCGAGGCCCGGCAGCUGACCCUCCAAGUGGACCCCACCCCGUCCUUCGAAGCGUUCCGCAACAGCUCUGCCCCCAACCUGCCCACCCUCCUGACUCAGGGCAUCGCGGGCGAAAAAAGCAGCCCCGGCGUCAGACCCGUGCCAAAGCCCCGGACUGUUUUCAACAGGCACAAAAAGGCCACCUCCACUCCUCAAGUGACCAGGAGGCCCUCUCAGGAAUCCCUCUGCUUCACGGUUCUGGAAGACUCCACGGUGGGCGAAUCUGGCGCGGACUCCUUGAAUGCCCCUUCUGACCCGAGGCCCAGCCCCUACGAGAGGCAGAUCAGCAUCACCACCUCCACCCCGGAGCCCCUCCUGCCCCCUGUGCCACCCAGGCUCCGUCGCGGGGUCCCCCCCUCCCACUUCCGGGGGUCCUCCUUGCCCGGGAUGGCCGACGCCGAGCACCACCACCUGGCGACCACCCCGUCCCUGUCCUCGUCCCCAGACUCGCUGCACAGCAGUGAGGGCUCGCCCUUCUCUGGGACGCCCACGUCCCCACACAGCUCCAGGAGCUCCGGCGUGGAGAUGGUCUCCAAUGAGAUCUACUGCGGCACUUUACCAGGCUCCCCAGUGGCCCGCUGGUGCCAGUCUGUUCCCAAACCUCCCCCACGCCAAGAGCGGAGUGCACACUCUGAUAACGACGGCACUUUCAACAGCGGUUCACUUGAACGGCCUAAUCAAUCGAUAGCACAAACUGAUGACCAAGAUGAAAUGAUCAGCCCAUACUGUGAAACAGUUUUCCAAAGCAGACGGCCAUAUCCACAUGAUGAUGCGGAGAGGACCAGGAGCAAUGAAAGCCUGGGCCCCAGAAAAGAGGAGCGGGGGAACCCGGCCCACUUGUGGCUCCGACGCCUGUCCAACUCGCUCCACCACGACAGCCCCGGCUACUGCACGGUGGGGGAGCCGUCCUCGCGCUCCUUCUCCCUGCCCCAGCACGGCAUGCACCUCAGCGAGCUGGACGAGGACCAGACCAUCUCGCCCUACGCCAGCUACACCUCGCUGUCGGAGCGCGCCGUGCCCAUCAUCUACGGCUGGCUGGACAAGCUGUCCCCUCAAGGAAACUAUGUGUUCCAGAAGCGUUAUGUGAAAUUUGAUGGCGCAAACCUGAUGUACUUUGGCAGUGAAAAGGAUCCUUACCCAAAAGGUGUGAUUCCCCUGGCAGCCAUGCAAAUGGUUCGCACGGCCAAAGACAACAAAUUUGAGGUUGUGACCAGUCACAGGACAUUUGUCUUCCGCGCAGACAAUGAAGUCCAUAGGAGCAAGUGGUGCAGCACCCUCCAGGAGCGGGUGAAGGAGCAGCUGGUUUUUGGCCGCCCACGCUUCGGCCCCGGCAGCCACUGCCAAAAGAGCGGCUUCCUGGAGCUUAAAGGGACCAAGUCCAAGAUUUAUGUGGCCGUCAACACCGAGCAAGUCUGGCUUUACAAGAGCGAGCAGUGCUUCAAGACUGGCAUUGGAAUCUCCGUGAUAGAAGCCAGGGGGGCUACCAUCCGAGAUGGCAAGAGCAAAAGCUUUGAUCUUAUCACUCCCUACAAGACAUUCAGCUUCACCGCGGAGUCUGACCGUGAGAAACGCGAGUGGAUGGAGGCCAUGCAGGAGUCCAUCGCCGAGACCCUCUCCGAUUACGAGGUGGCCGAGAAGAUCUGGUCCAACAGGUCCAACAAGGUCUGCGCCGACUGCAAGGCCAUCAACCCCGACUGGGCCUCCAUCAAUCUCUGUGUGGUCAUCUGCAAGAACUGCGCAGGCCAGCACCGAGGAUUGGGAACAAUGGUGUCAAAAGUCCAGAGUCUGAAACUCGACACCAGCGUCUGGAGCAAUGAGAUCGUUCAGCUCUUCAUCAUGCUGGGGAAUGACCGGGCGAACGAGUUCUGGGCGGCCAGGCUGACCGCGGUGGACGAGCUGGACUGCAACGCCACGCCGGAGCAGCGGCGCGACUUCAUCACCCAGAAGUACCGCGAGGGGCGCUUCCGCCACCCCCACCCCAGCUUCAGCACCCAGGAGGAGCUGCUCAAGGUCCUCUGCACCGCCGUGUCCGAACAGAACUUGCUGAAGACGGUUACCCAGAUCUUUGCGGAUGCCGAGGCCGCUCGUCUGGCUGAUGCUAAUGGCCACGACAGGCAGUCCCUCCACUACACUCAGGGCAUCUCAGACUCCAGUGUGUAUGAUGAGAUCAUGCAGCCGGUGCUGCACUCUGGGUACCUCUACAAGGCGGGCUCCUCAAACAAAGGCACAUUAUCCCGCAGAACCAGAGAAGAUUUCCAGAAGUUCUGGUGCUCUGUGGAGAAGUCCAUUCUCUUCUACGAGUCGGACCGAAGUCAUGAGCCCAGCAUGAAGAUCAACGUCAAAGAUAUCAUCUGUCUGGGAGUCAGCCGACCCGACUCGUGCAACAACAACAAUGGAUUUAUUGACCGGUUUCGUUACACGUUUGAGCUGUACCUUUCAAACGACAAGCUGAUCCAGUUUGGCCUGGAGACGGCCGAUGCUCUGCAAUCUUGGGCAAAAGCCAUUGGGAAGGCCACGACUCCGCUGAGCUGCCACUGUCUGCUGGCGCGGGAGUUUGAGCGCGUGGGCAUGAUGAGGUACAAGAACAUGCUGGACCCGCAGCAGUGGAAGGAGGCCUUCUUCGUCCUGCAGAAGUCCAACCUGUUCAUCUGCCCUCGCACGGACGGCGCCGCCGAGGACAUCAUCAACCUCAAGCGGCUCCAGGAGCUCAGCACGGCCUCGGAGACGGACAAUCACGAGAAAAAGGACAAUCUUGUGCUGGUGGAAAAAGGAAGGACACUCCAUUUGCAGGGCAUGGGCCGCACGGACUUCCCCCUGUGGUUCGCCGACAUCCAGAAGGCGGCUGGCGGGAAGGGCAAUGCGCUGCGGGACCAGCAGCUUAGCAGACACGACAUCCCCAUCAUCGUAGACAGCUGCAUCGCCUUCAUCACGCAGUAUGGCCUGGGCCACGAGGGCAUUUACAGGAAGAACGGCGCCAAAUCCAGGAUCAAACUCCUGAUGGAGGAGUUCCGUAAGGAUGCACGCAAUGUCAAGCUGCGCAUCGGGGACAACUUCAUCGAGGAUGUAACCGAUGUGCUGAAGAGGUUUUUCAGGGAAAUCGAUGACCCGAUAUUCAUGGCAGAUCUGCACCCAUUUUGGCAAGACGCUGCAAAGGUUUCAAAUAAGAUGCAUCGUCUGGACAGAUACAAAGAGCUGAUCCGAGGCCUGCCACGCGUCAACAGGACCACCCUCUCUGCCCUCAUCAGUCACCUCUUCCGGGUACAGAAAUGUGCUGACCUGAACCAGAUGUGCACCAAGAAUCUCUCGCUGCUUUUCGCCCCAAGUCUCUUCCAGACUGACGGCAAAGGGGAGCACGAGGUGAAGAUUAUCGAGGACCUCAUCGACAACUACCUGUAUGUGUUUGAUGUGGACGAGGAGCACCAGACGCAGAUAGAGUUGGAGAUCAGCCUCAUCACCACCUGGAGAGACACACAGCUCUCCCAAGCCGGCGACUUGAUCAUAGAAGUGUACCUGGAGCAUAAGAUACCAGACUGCUGCAUCACUCUCAAGGUGUCUCCCUCAAUGUGUGCUGAGGAGCUAACCAAUCAGGUCCUGUACAUGAGAAACGUCCCCGCCGGGGAGAGAGACAUCUGGAUGACCUUUGAGGCGAUUGAGGAUGGAGAACUUGAACGGCCGCUUCACCCUAAAGAGAAAGUGCUGGAGCAAGCCCUGCAGUGGUGUAAAAUGGCAGAUCCCAGUUCAGCCUACUUAGUGGUGAAGAAGGUUCCUAAAGGAGAGGUUAUCGACAUCUUCACUGCAUACAAGAGUGAGAUAGCGAAGGUUGGAGUGCUGAAGUGCAGAGAGGAGCCCCCCAAACUGCUGCAGGGAAACAAAUUUCAGGAGCGGAUAUUUCAGAUCAGGGACCAUAAGCUGCUCCUGAAGGACAAGAAGAGCAAUAAACCAGAGAAGGAAUGGAUGCUGAAGACUUUGAAGAUCUACAUAGGGAUCAGGAAGAAGCUGAAGGCGCCCACAAAGUGGGGGUUCACAGUCAUAAUGGACAAGCAACAGUUGUGUCUGAGCUGCUCCUGUGAAGCAGAACUCUGGGACUGGAUGACCAACCUGCUGAAAGCACAGGAUGACGACCUGCGGCCGCCCGUGCUGAGGCGACACUCCUCGUCGGACAUCUCCAAGCAGAAGUUCGGCACCAUGCCGCUGGUGCCCAUCCGGGGGGAGGAGAGCAAGAGCAACACCAACACCACCAUGCUCUCGGCCAAUAAGACUCUGCAAAAGCUCCACAAUAGGAGGACGCUGUCCAUGUACUUUCCCAUGAAGGUGCAGCAGGACUCGUUUGAGGAGCGUCCGGAGAGCCCCGAGCCUCUGUACGAGGAGGUGGGCGACUUCGGCCUGCAGGUGCUCAAGUCCCUGGAGACCAGCUUCCUGUCGGGCAGCAGCGCCGAGACGCUGGAGGUGCCCGGCCGGCCGCUGAGCCUGAGCCCGAGGCAGACCGUCUCGCUGGACCGCCACUUCGACCUGUCCCCGACGACGCGCCCGCUCGGACGGACCGAGGGCUCCCCGCUGCCCGGCGCCUCCUCCCUGGAGGCGCUGACGCCGCCCGAGCCGGGCAGGGACCCCCACGGCGGCGGGAGCGGGAGCGAGAGCGGCGGCCGCAGCAGCCCGGUGGCCCCCCUGCCCCGCCGGAGACAGCGCGGACCCUGCAGCCCGUCCCAGGAGCUGCUGCUGCAGGAGCUGUCCAGCGUCUUCACCAAGAAGCCCGAGCCCGAGCCCCCGCAGCCGCCCGAGGACGAGGCCCUCUGAGCUGACCGCCAGAGUGACCGCAGGAGCCGAGACGGGAGACGGAGACGUCCAGGUGUGACGGGGAGCGUCCAGGCCAGCUAUCUCUACAGCACGAUGCCAAAUACAGCGGUGCCUGCUCUCAUGUUGAAGGAGGUGUUUUCAUUACUUGAGCUUCUUUGCCAUGGACCGUAUGCACUGGUUGCAGGAGCAAAUGCACCUGAGACUACACAUCUGCAAAAAAAAACAAACGGACAUUUGGUCUGACAUGUUGUACAGGUGUCAGUGGUUAUCUGUUUUUAAAGUUCUUUCUUGGGAUUCUUGUUGUAUGAAUAAGCCUAAGAACAAGUCGUCCUCCACAGUACUAAGCCCUGGUCAUUUCUGUGAAGUUCAUUUGUAUUUUUUUUUUUUUUAAACAGUGGACAAUUUUGAUCUCUUUGAAGUUUGGAACUGGCGCCUUGGAAAAGGAGAGAUAGAGUAUUUAUUGUGCACAUUUGCUAAGCUGUAUUUUGCUUGGUUAGCAUUUAAAUCAUUUUUAUACUUCUCAAUAGAUAGUUUCCAUGACUGUGAUGUGAAUACGUUUUCAGUCUCAAGCUCAGUUGUAUGUUCAUCCAGUAUCUUUCUUUCAUCAGCAUUAUCGUUAAUGCACAGGCUUAUAUAUGUACUUAAUAUGUUGCUUAUGUAAUAUGCUGGCUGUUCUUGAUUAGUUCUCUGCCAUGUAAUGUACAUGCAGAAUUACCAUUGUCAAUGGGCACAUAGAUUCAGGAUCACUGUCCUAGUGUAACUUGUGUACUGGAAAAACAUUAGAGAGACUACAACAUUUCGGUUUAAGAUCUAGUCAGGAUAUGUGUUACUUUAUUUAUUAAAUUAUUUGCAGAGCAUUUUGUUUGUGCUAAAAUGUCAAGCAGCUUUUGUCAAAAACACUGUGAACGCAAGUGGAGCUUGGAGGAGUCAUUAGCAUUUUAUAAUGUCUGCAAUACCUUGUUUUUAACAGUAGGUGGCAGUGUAGAUAUUUCUUCAGUAGUAUGGAUUUUUAGACCACUUAGAUGCUUGUAGACCACUAGUCUUUGAUCAACUGUGCAUCGACAGACCAUAAUCAUAUUUUCACUGCAAAUUACUUGUGACAUUCCAAACUCUCCCACGAUGACUCAUCAACCUGUGACAUCACUUCCUUUGGUAUGCCCAAAUAAAACUUUUAGGUCAGCAUUUCAUCUGUGUAUACAAGACCAGUCAUUCCUGACACACUGGCAUACUAUGCAAAUAUCUUAAUGUUCUUUUGGCUUGUUCUGUGUUCAGCGAUUUUUCCCUGAAUUUACUUUUGGCAUGAAAUGUGUGCAUUUAUUUUAUGUAUAUAUUGUAUAUUGUUGUUCCUGAAUUCAACUCGUUGGCAGUGAUAUGUUUAUUUUCAUCAUCCAGUGCCAUACCUUUUAAAAUACAUAAAUACUUUUGU